CUUUCUAUCAGUCAGACGCGAUCGUUUGCAAAAGACGCAGUUUGUUUUCGGCAACGGAAGCCGGUAGCUCGGUGUCCUUGGGCUAGGAAAGGACUGUUCGUUGGUUCAAUAUUUAGUUUAAUUAAAAAAAUGUGAUGUUGUUGAUGAACUCGAUUCCAGUCGAGCAUAUCAGAUUUGAUUGCUUCUAACCUUCGCUCUUGAUCUAUGUAAAUUUUAAGUACUGUUAGUUAGGACAGGGAAAUCUUGUUUCGCACCGAAGGUUGCAGUGAAAAGUCGUCAAAAUUCCGCUUUACCGGGAUCAUACGUUGCAUCUCUACAAGCUCGUCCAUCGAGCCAACCGAAGGAGAAAAGCAAUGCAGGCCAUUGUGUAUAACGAAAAAUUCUUCAUCGAGAAUUAUUCGCACGUUGACGAUGACGACGAACUGUACCUGAAUUACGAUUGGUCCUCGGACUCCAUGUCGGUUAAAAGCAUAGCCAGCAAUUCCAGUCAAAUCAACGACAUGGACGGCAACGGAGAGCGCCUUUCGUUGGCCUAUGAGAAAUUAUCGCAAAUUCCACGUAAAAUCGCGGAGAAGUUUUCCCGGACGACGACCAUAUUGGAUCUGAGCUACAAUAACAUCAAAGAUCUCUCCUUCCUCUCUUACUUCCGUCAGCUGAACACACUGAUCCUGGACAAAAAUCCCCAACCGGACGAGAAAACCUUCCCGUCGCUCCCGAAUCUGGAGCUGCUUUGGCUGAACCACUGUGAUAUCGAAAACGUCCAGAAGUGGGUCUACCGGAUCCGAGACUGCUGUCCAUCGUUGCGGUACCUGUCGCUGCUGGGUAACCCGGGUGCAACGUCGUCCUUCAACGGUAACUCAACGCUGGAGCACAACGACUACCGGAUGAUGGUGAUCAGUGUGCUGCCGCAGUUGCGCCAUCUGGACGAUGCCGAGGUGAGCAGCACGCAACGGUCGCAGGCCCGGCAGUUCAAGCAUAACAACUACAACAUCGGUCAGACGCCGUUCAACAUUUUCGAAACCGUCGGACGUGGAGAGCAGAUGGGAAAGAAGGCGGCACAACGGAGGCCCCGGAGGACUCGGGCACAUGUUUCGGAUGAUUCGUGAAGCAUCGAGGUGUGAUGCUGUAUUUUUGUUAAUGCACUUCGUUUAUAAUUUGACCAAAGUUUAUAGGGUAUAGAAACGGUGGAACGAAUAAAACGCAAUAUUUUAUUAUAUGCAGAGAGAUGAUUACCGAUGAAAGACGUUUAUGUUCUCCAGGUAAAUUUUUUUAUGGAGGAAUAUUUUGCAAUAUCGGAGCAUUUAAAGUAUGAACAUUUAAAUGAGUAAAA